AAUACUACCGUUGGAUAAGACCGUGGAACAUUUCUAUGGAACGGCAUUCCUAAACAUGGGGCUCGAUCAUAACCUUUUUGAAUCCCAACUUGUUUAAAUUGGAGACGAAAGAAGCCUUUUGUUUCCAAGCUACUACCUCCCUGGACUAUCAGUGUUGUGCAAUAAUUUCAGAAAAAAGUUGGAUAUCCUCCGUCAGAAAAGCACUUUCAACUGUUGGUCCUUGAUUGAAGGUCAAGGAACGUUUCAAGUGCAUCGGCAAAUUGGUUGCAAUAACCUACGGGCCAUAAAUUAGAACUGAUUCGGUUCUGGGUCGUGGUUAUUUGCAUUGAUUUCAGCUACCAUUGACAUCGUUGGAUUGUGAUUGUGCGCCGGGUUAGUUGUUGUGGUGGUAGUGGUGGUGUUAUUCUUGUUGUUCCCUGGUGUCCCAUUACUCAUUGUUCCGCGUUCCAGACAAUUGAUAGUCAUGCAUAAUGGCUCCGUGGCACCAGUUCAAGAAGAACAUCUUACUAGAGGAUUCCCAACACAACUUGAAACAACAAACCCCAAACACAACGGUUCCAUCCCGGGAACAACAAAGCCCCCCAUUCGACACAACAGUGGCUCGAAGAAGCCCCUAUUUUCCCCUGGCCUGGCCAAUCCAAGUGCUCAUCAUCCUCUCAAUGGUUGCCUUCUUCCCUUUGGUGUGCGCCGGGGAACAAGAAUAUCGUCUCACCAAGUACCUGAUGUCCAAUUAUGAGAGGAGUGUCCGGCCGGUAGCUCAGUCAGCCACGCCUAUCAAUGUUUUAUUCGAUGUGUCAAUUCAUCAGAUUAUCGACGUGGACGAAAAGAAUCAGAUUUUGACCACCAAUUGUUGGAUCACUCACAUCUGGAAUGACAGCCACUUGACUUGGAACGCUUCCGAUUUCGGGAACGUGUCCACAGUGAGAUUGCCCCAUGAUAAAGUGUGGAAACCCGAUAUCAUUCUUUACAAUAAUGCGGAUUCCAACUACAAUAUGGCCAUAAUCAAUACCAAUGUCAUUGUGAGCUACACGGGUGAGGUGGUGUGGCUCUCCCAUGGAAUAUUUAAGUCGUCUUGUGAUAUUUCGGUGGAAUACUUCCCAUUUGAUGUUCAAACGUGCAAUAUGAAGUGGUCAUCAUGGACCUAUGAUGGAACAUCGCUCAACAUGACCAUCAUUAACGUGACCGGAGAUACGAGCAAUUACCAGAAAAACGGAGAGUUCGAAAUGGAAGAGUUUGUGCCCUAUCGACACGAGAAGUAUUACACCUGCUGCAAGGAGCCCUAUUACGACAUCACCUAUUCAAUCCGAUUGAGGCGACGACCCAUGUUCUAUGUGUUUAAUCUUAUUCUUCCAUGUGUCUUAAUCAAUGGCAUCGCUUUGCUCGUGUUUUAUGUCCCCUCGGAAUCGGGCGAGAAAGUCACUUUAGGCAUAAGUGCCCUCUUGUCCAUGACGGUGUUCCUGAUGACGAUCAGAGAGAGUCUCCCGCCCACCGAAAACACGCCCUUGAUAAGUCUCUACUACGGCGUGUCGAUAUGUCUGGUGUCAUUUGCCAGUGCCAUGGCCGUUGUGACGUUGAACAUUCAUCACCGCGGGGUUCGUGGCAACGAAGUCCCGGCCGUGAUCAAGAGCGUGGUGCUGGGUUUCCUCUCCAAGUUUGUAUUUCUUCAUUUUGACACGUCCAUCAAGAAGAGCCUGUCGUUGCAGGCCACCAAGGCCAAGGCCAGCGAGCUGCGAGCCAAUGAGAAAUAUGCCAGAAUGAAUGGGUACAGUCAAGCCUCGUUUGGCCUCUCCACGGUUCUGCCUUAUCCAACGCACGAACAGUUUCAAAAACCUCCUCAAGUCAACUUGAACCAAGAUCGAAUAUUACACCCGAGUGCGAAUGAAAAUGGGAUCGUGUCUCCCUCUGGCCCAGUGGACUCGCCCUCGAAUGACAGCUCCUCGCUUGACCACAACGAGCUCAGGCUGGAGACUGAAGACGUCGGUCGUCACAGCAUGAACGGAAAUGAUAAUGCCAAUAUCCGCCUUCUUCUCCGGCCCCAAGGCCCCUCACGGCAACCCACUUUGGAGGAGGAGACCGCUCUAUUAUCGCCACCUUCUCAUUUAUACACUGGAGGCUCCCUGGAGGGCACUUUGCGGUUGAUUACGAACGCGGCGGCAGCAGCCUCGUCCUCCACCACCACCACGACCAACAAUGGAGGAGGACGCAAUCCACCUCUUUGUCGGAUGAGACGCGUCACGAGCGUGGAAGAAACCAUCUGUAAUCCGUUGAUGGAGAAAGUCUUGGAUAAAAUCUCGGCCACAAUUGACCGAAAUGAAGUGCGAAACGCCGAGUCUGAUGCUCGAGAUAAGUUUGCUAUCGAGUGGAAACAGGUGUCUCUGGUGCUGGAUCGCAUCCUCUUGCUGAUCUUUUUCCUGGCCGUGAGCAUUUGCUCCGUGGUAAUCCUGACCUCGAGUCCGCAUUUGUUCCGUCCAAGUGUCCAGGAAAAGGGCAGAGCCCCUGAGCACGAAGAGGUCCAAUUCUCGGCCUCCAAAGCGAUGGAUCUCAAUGCCACCUCAACCCCCGACUCCGUCGAGAACAGUGAAGAGUAGUUGGCGCCAAAAACUGGAGAGCUCGCUGGGUUUUUUUUUGCGGUCUCAAAACUAUCGUAACUGGGUCGACCAGACAGAAUAGCAGACGUACAUUAAGAUUUGCGGCAUUGUCAGAAGUGCAAAAAGACAUGGUCAAGCUUGAUAGCAUGAGUGACAGCAAAGCCGAGGCGAGAGAGUAUUUUGCACUUCUUUUCGGAGAUUUUUACGGUGGUCACGCUAGAAGGAAGAAGUGGUGAUUUUCACAUCCGUUCAGCUGUUUCCCCCCUUUGAUUUGGGAACCGCUUCAACUUCAAGGCUUCAACACUACCCACCAAACGAACAUUCUGACUGACUAGCUACGUGAACUAACGCGAACAACAGCAAUUCUGACAAGGGGAAAGCCACUUAUUUGUCGAUCAUGUACUCCUUAAAGUAAACAUCUCUCAUUUAAUGUUUGAUUUGGAGAAUGGACGAUAGCCUGGGAUUGCAUGGCAAUGAAAACUUCAUUUUUCCGAGACUGUCAGGUAGCUAGCUAAACAGAGCGGCAGAAAAAUCGUUUAGUUCAGCAGCAACAUCGGCAUUGCUUUCCUUUGCACACUCAAGAACCUUACAAGUCAACUCAGGCCAUUCAACAAUUUCCAUUUGAUUUCCAAUUGAGAAUCGUAUUUUUCCUUUUGUAGCCGAGUAUUGUCAAAGAUGCACUACAUAAUUUGGGGGAUCCGAAAUCUCUUUGUUUCAUAUUAAGACCCUUAGAGCUAGAGGUGUUAAUCUAUUUGAUUGCAUGUCAUUCCACAAUGAGUAUUGAAGAUAAUAAUCAAAUCUAUAGUUCCUCCAAUGCAAUUAUGAGUGAGAAAUAGACAUAUUUUCCGAGCAAGAA